AUGGCAUUAAGAUUUCCAAGGUUUAGCCAAGGCUUAGCUCAAGACCCCACUACUUGUCGUAUUUGGUUUGGUAUUGCUACCGCACAUGACUUCGAGAGUCAUGAUGAUAUUACUAAGGAACGUCUUUAUCAGAAUAUUUUUGCUACUCAUUUCGGACAAUUAGCAAUAAUUUUUCUGUGGACUUCCGGGAAUCUCUUCCAUGUAGCUUGGCAAGGAAAUUUUGAGGCAUGGGUACAAGAUCCUUUACAUGUAAGACCUAUUGCUCAUGCAAUUUGGGAUCCCCAUUUUGGUCAACCGACUGUAGAAGCUUUUACUCGAGGGGGUGCUCUUGGCCCAGUGAAUAUUGCAUAUUCCAGUGUUUAUCAGUGGUGGUAUACAAUUAGUUUACCGGGCUGGUUACACCUACAACUGAAAUGGAAACCGAGCGUUUCGUGGUUUAAAAAUGCCGAAUCCCGCCUCAAUCAUCAUUUGUCAGGACUAUUUGGAGUCAGCUCCUUAACUUGGGCAGGGCAUUUAGUCCAUGUGGCUAUUCCAGGAUCAAGAGGAGAAUAUGUUCGAUUGAGUAAUUUCUUAAGUGUAUUGCCUCACCCUCAAGGAUUAGGGCCACUUUUUACAGGUCAGUGGAAUCUUUAUGCUCAAAACCCCGAUUCUAGUAAUCAUUUAUUUAGUACCUCGCAAGGUGCGGGAACUGCCAUUCUAACACUUCUCGGGGGAUUCUAUCCUCAAACACAAAGUUUAUGGCUUACCGAUAUGGCCCAUCAUCAUUUAGCUAUUGCAAUUCUUUUUCUCAUUGCUGGUCAUAUGUAUAGAACGAACUUCUGGAUUGGGCAUAGUAUAAAAGAUAUUUUAGAAGCGCAUAUUCCUCCAGGGGUAGAUUGGGGCUGGACAUAA